AUGUCUCUUCGCGCAGUAUCAAGAGCCCCGCUGAGCUGGGCCUCGCGGACGACGACAAUUGGAAGCACUACAGCAAGCAGCAGUAUGCCUCUUCGCGCCAAGAUCAACCAUCCCGCGGGCAUGAGCGCGACACGGAACUAUGCCACAUCGACCGCAGAAGCCCUGAAAGCACAAGAGAACGACGACCCAGACGAUGUCAUCUUCACCAACAACUACGGCGUGCGCAGCAUCGAGCUCAACCGGCCCAAGAAGCUCAACUCGCUCAAUGGCUCCAUGGCCCGCAAAAUCAUCCCCAGACUACAAGAGUGGGCCAAGUCUGAUAUGGCAGGCGUCGUCGUAAUCAAGGGCUCGGGUCGCGCUUUCUGUGCAGGAGGAGAUGUCGCAGCCCUCGCCCAAUGGAACAAGCAAGGCAGAAAGGGCCAGCAGAGGAGCUCGGAUUACUUCGGGCUGGAAUACAAGCUCGACCAUCUCAUUGCCACAUACACAAAACCCUACGUGGCUUUCAUGGAUGGCAUCACCAUGGGUGGAGGCGUUGGUCUCUCCAUCCACGCACCCUUCCGAAUCGCAACUGAGAACACGCUCUUCGCCAUGCCCGAGACCACCAUUGGCUUCUUCCCCGAUGUCGGCGCCUCCUUCUUCCUCCCACGCAUGGAGGGCUCGCUCGGGACCUACCUCGCUCUCACGUCAGAGCAGCUCAAGGGGGUUGAUGCCUUCUACCACGGCAUAGCCACCCACUACAUCCACUCCUCCACCCUCCAACAGCUCGAAUCGCGUCUCGCAGAACUCCAAUUUCCCGACUACAUGUCGCUAAACGACCGCUUCAAAAUUAUAAACGCCACCAUUGAGGAGUUCAGUACUGGCCUACCAGCAGAGGCACCCCACAUCUCAGGCCAACUCCGCAAAACAAUCGACCGCGUCUUCCACGUCGACCAGCCAGGUAUCAAAGGCAUUAUACAUUCUCUCGGGCAAGUCAAGCACGAUUCUAGCGCGCCAGAUCUUCAAGAAUGGGCUGAGAAGACUAUUGAAACUAUCAAUGAGCGAUCCCCCAUCUCCGUCGCCGUCACCUUCCAACAAAUGCGCGUCGGCCGCCAAUGGUCCAUUGCGCAAACUUUCCAGCGCGAACACCACAUCGCCAGCCAAUUCAUGGCGCAUCCUGAUUUCGUUGAAGGCGUCACCGCACGCCUCAUCGAGCGCAAGAAAGAACGCCCCAACUGGUCCCCCAACACCUUGAAGGACGUCAAGAAGCGGGAUGUCGAUGCAUUCUUUGCGUCUGGUGCGAAGGUUUCCCUACCUCUUAUCAAUGAUCAAGAUUAUAAAGAGUAUCCGCAUGCGUGGAUUGGAUUGCCGCGCGAGGACGAGAUUCUUAGGGAGGCAAGCGGGAAGAAAGGGGAGGAUGUUGUGGCAAGUUUGCUAGAGAAGUACGAGGGAAAGCAGGGAGUUAGAGAGAAGAUCAAGGAGGUUUUGCAGAGGUACAAGUCAUAA